UGACGCCAUCACCCCGCGCCCGGUAGGGGCGCCCCUGGCGGCGGCGCGGCGGGCAGGAUGGCGGCCGCCUCGCUGUGGAAGGGGCUGGUGGGACUCGGCCUCUUCGCUUUGGCCCACGCGGCCUUCUCGGCGGCGCAGCAUCGCUCCUACAUGCGGCUGACAGAGAAGGAGGACGAGACGCUUCCCAUAGAUAUAGUUCUUCAGACUCUGUUAGCCUUUGCAGUUACCUGCUAUGGGAUUGUACAUAUCGCAGGAGAGUUUAAAGACAUGGAUGCUACUUCAGAACUAAAAAAUAAGACGUUUGAGACGUUAAGGAACCAUCCAUCUUUUUAUGUAUUUAAUCACCGUGGUAGAGUAUUGUUCCAGUCCCCAGACACAGUGAAUUCUUCAAAUCAAGAUGCUUUGUCAUCCAGCUCGUCACUGAAAUUUCGAAAACUUGAACCUCUGCGCCGCUAAGACUUUUACAGAUCCUAACGAGAACCCAGGACACAGAGAUGUAAAUUGAAGUCGGGGAUGUAAACACUUUUUUUUUUGAUUUCUGGAGCAGUAUUUAUAUUGAUCUUCCAGACUUUAUAAAGUAUAUAUAUAUAAAAACUAAGGACCUUCUUUGUAUGCUGUUGAUGAAAACAAAUUGGCAAUGCGGUGUAAAUUAUUCUACAGUUAUGCUGUGAAGCACAUCUUCAAAAUUUCACAUGCUAACAAAGCUGCAGGUAACCUAACUUCAGCUAAAAUGAAAGACAAGCUAGAUUUUACCACGAUUACUGUUCUUUGCUAGGAGGGAAUGUUUGAGUGCUAUUUAUUUUCUCAGUUUGCUUGCACUACAGUUUAUAGAAACUCCUUCAGAAAUACUGUGUGCACUGCAUCACUUAUCAGCAGAAAAAGGGCAGUGUUUCCUGUUCAUACAGAGCCACAGAGACCCGUGUGGUGUAGGUACAGGAAGUCAGAAUGGUUGCAUUUUGUUUUUAUUUUUUUACAAUACUGGAAAGUGGUUUUGUGAAGGGUUUUGUUUUGGUUGUUUUUUUUUUUUUCCUCCUUAAUUCUUCAUUAUCAAAUGAUUUCCUUGUUGCCCUCCUGUCUUUAAAAGCAAACUGUCCUACGUUGCCCUGUUUGCCAGGGCUGUGGCUGCACAGUUGGUGCCUGCGUGGGGGAGGCAGCUCACUGCUGAUCACAUCAAUGAUCUACUGUGCUCAGUUCCUUCCCCCACUGCAUUUUUGUUCUUUGAUUGUGAAUACAGAUGACUGAAUGGUGCAGAAGUACCUCUGAAUGGUAGCAGAUACUAGUUCCCAUCUUCUGUGAGAGGUAUUUAAGUAUCAGUAAGCGGUGCCCCUUCUGUAAAGGUUACAAGGGCGAAGUCCAGCAGCUGUGUCUGCUUGCUGGCAUUAAUACAGUACAGGUAUUCAGCUAAUUAUAGUGCAGUUUCCCCUUUUCUGCCUACAGAGCCAUUAAAAUUGAUUUCUUUUUCUAGCUGAGCCUGGCGGUGAUUUAAAAUGACUGUCUUGAUUGUGUUUAUUAGGACAGAUGAUGCAGUCCUUAACUACUGACUUCUAAAUUCUGAUCCCCUCUUAGGGGCUGAAUCAGUGCUCACGUUUUCCUUGGUCUGGCAUUUCAGUCCAGCAGUGGAACGCUCUUCUCCCACCUACCUGCCAUAGCAAAGAGAGGGCAGUGCGAGAUACUGAUGGGGCCAGCUAGAAUUGAUGAUGUCUCACUGCCUCUGUGCAAAAUCAACCUUUUGUUCUAGCACCUGUUUUUUAAACAGCUAAGAACCGUCAAAGGCAAAAAGCUUAGCAAAAACUACUGUGUAAACUGAAGCCUCUCUUUCUAGCUCUGCCCAUCCUAUGGAUUGGGUGCCCCAAUGCUAGAGCAAUACCCGUAGCUGCUGCUCUACAAUCACUCUUAAACAUCUGGGUUUGGUUGGAAAGGGUUACUCUGCCAAUUAAAACCUUAAGUGUUCUGGUUCCCCCCAGCUGGUGUCAGGGAGGGAAAGUGAGGCCAAAGGUCUGUAAUCAUUGUACCAGACUGAUCCUGCAACUGUGGUUGGCAGUGAGCCAUUGGGAGAGGGUAUCUUAGAGCAAGGCUGCUCACCUUAUAUGUCUAAGAAGCCCCAUUUGUGCUAUGGUAAGGCUACGCAGGCCUGUCCACGGUGGGCGGUGCUACCAUCUGACAGUUGUAAGUCAUUCUUGGAGAAACAUUGGUUCCUCAGAUGUGAGUCAUGCUGGGAGCACCCUGUUGGCUGCACCAGGUCUCUGUGAUGUGACAAGUAGCCUUACUCUUCAGCAGCAAUGGUGUACAAAGCUGUACAAAUUAUUUUUUCUUAUUGAUCUUGCAAUGUCCAAUAAAAACUGAUAUCUUAAGAAG